CCCUCUAGGUUGGGAGGAUGUACUGUAUGACCAGUACGUCGCAAUCAGUGAUAGACGAGUGGGCGUUGAUGGUACUGCACGUGAAUUACUACAGAUGGCGCUGUAGUUAACCACCACAAAGCUACCGUACUCGAACCGUUGGCGGUUGGCAGGCGGUUCGGAGCGGGACCCUUGAAAAUAAAAACAAUUCACCGUGUGUGGUUGUCAGCUGUGGGACUAAGCCUUACUGCUUAGGCUUUGUAUCACAUUUUCUGUCAGUAAGUGUAAGCGCGUUUUAUGUUUUAAACGUAAGAGCUGGUCAUAGUAGUGCUAGGUCGAGGUUCGUUGCUCUUUACUUCAAACUAACGUUUAAGUGUCACAUAUCGCGAUGUCUGUGAAUUAACUUUCUAAUCUUUUGUAAUCUCUGCUGCUCGCCUCGGCAAUUAACGUUAGACACCAAAAAAGAAGAGGGCUCAAAGUCAGGACCAAAACAAUACAACAUGCCUCCCAAAAAGCAGCAGCUGAGGCCGACCGUAGCCAACGUCUCCAGCUCCUUGGACCUCGAGUCGGAGGACAUCAGCCUGGAGACAACCGUGCCCACCACCGAGGACGUCUCCUCGUCUGACGAGCAGCGGGAUGGCUCCCAGAAGGUGACCCGCCAGCUGAUCGAGAGGAAAGAGCUCCUGCACAACGUCCAGCUGCUGAAAAUCGAGCUUUCUCAGAAGAAUCUCAUCAUAGACAACAUGAAGGCCGACCAUAUGUCCAAGAUUGAGGAGCUGGAGGAAAGGCUGAAUGAUGCUCUACAUCAGAAACAAGUGUUUGCCCUGAGACUGGACAGCCAGCUCAAACUUGCUCAGGAGGAGAACAGGAAGCAACAAAGUCUGCGUAAACAGGAGAUGGAGGCCAUCCUGCUCAGGCAGCAGCAGCUAGAAGAGACCAACCGACAGCUGUGCGAGAAGGCUGGAGAGCUGCGGAGAUCUCUCAGGGAUCUGGACAUCUCCCAGGACAGGUACCAGGAGCUGCGUGACCUCCCUGAGGACAAAAUCUCCAUACAGGAAUAUGUAGCUAUGCGUUUUUACGAGGUGGUGACUCCUCUGCGGGCUCAGCUGACUGAGCUCAGUGUCAAGAGAGGAAGUUUGACUGAAGAGCUGGAUACACACAGAACCCAGAUGAAGGCACUGAUGGAGAGCUACGAGGAGGAGCGACGGCUUCGUGCUGAGCUGGAGUUGAGGAGCCAGAGACUGACCCUAGAACUGGCUGAUACCAAACAGCAGAUCCAAGAAGGGGACUACCGCAGAGACAACUACCCAAACAUCAAACGAGACCGUGACAACUUUGAAGCAGAACUGAAGGAGUUAAAGAGGAGAUUUGAGACACUAGACUUGACUCACACUGCACUGACCAGAGAGAGGGACACACUCAGCAAAGAGGUGGCAACAUUGCAACAGUCAGUCAGUCUUCUACAGAAAGACAAGGAGUACCUCCACAGGCAGAACAUGGAGCUCAGUGUGCGCUGUGCACACGAAGAAGACCGCCUGGAGAGGCUGCAGGUACAAUUAGAAGACACAAAGAAGGCCAGGGAGGACGCUUAUGAAAAAUAUGUAGCAUCCAGAGACCACUAUAAGUCAGAAUAUGAGGCCAAGUUAAGAGAGGAGUUAGAGAACAUCAGGCUGAAAACCAGCCAGGAGAUAGACAAUCUGCAGAGAACCUCCAGGGAGAUGUAUGAGAGAGAGAACAGGAACUUGCGUGAGGCCAGAGACAAUGCAGUGCUGGAGAAAGACAGAGCAGUGGCAGCUGAGAGAGACACUCAGUCCAGAUAUGAUCAGCUGCUGGAACAGUUUCGUCAGCUCCAGCUGGGUACUGACAGCCGGGUAGCAGAACUGUCCAACCAGGCCAAACUGCACUCCUUCGAAGCCGAGCGUGCUCAGAUGGUCAAGGAAGAGACGGCCAAGGCCCUGGCCCAGUGCCAGGUGGACUGUGAGAAACAGCAGAAGAAACUGGAGCUCCUCACCCAGGAGUUUUACAGGCUGCAGACGUCAUCAGAGAAGCGGGUGGCGGAGCUGCGAGCCCAGAAUGCCGAGCAGGCCUCUCGGCUGGACACGUACGAAAAGCUGGAGCAAGAGUUGGACCAAGUCACCAUGCAAGCUGCUGAAAUUGAGAAUGAAGAGGAAGCUGAGAGAGUUCUGUUCUCGUACGGCUACGGAGCCAAUGUUCCCACAACGGCCAAAAGAAGACUAAAGCAGAGCGUUCACCUGGCACGCAGGGUGCUGCAGCUUGAGAGGCAAAACACAUCAUUGAGGCAAGAGCUGGACAGAUACAAGUCACAGACAGGACAGAUAUCUGAAGAGUUGUUGGCAGCCAACCAGCUGCUGCAGCAGACGCAGCAGCCCUAUAGCUACCUGAUUGAGACAGUGAGACAAAGAGAAGCACAGAUCAGCACAUUGAAGGAACGCAUCACCUCGCUUGAGGACGAUGUCAGUUCUCUGAGGAAAGAGCGGACCGCCCUGCAGCAGGUGAAAAACAACAUGGCCGCCGAUCUGGAGAGACUGCUCAACCAUCGGGAGGAGUUAGCAGUGAUGAAGCAGGUCCUGAUCAGCAUGCGGUCCAGACAGGGAGACGCUUUGGAUCUGCUGGAAACGGAUAAAACCGAUGUCAGGAGCUCUGGCGCAAGAAAACAACAGUCUAAAAGAAUCAAUCGGACCGCAGAGGAAGAGUCACCAAACAAACCCAAACCCACUGUAUUCACCAAAAAAGAAGUUCCUGACUGGUAUCAAAAGCUGAAGCAGAAACCCAAAUAAACUACUACUACUACAACUACUACUAUGGCUACUAAUAAUUUUCACUCAGGGCUUUAGCAAUCUCAUGUUUUUAUCAAGGUGUUUGUAUUUUAAACCUUUAAAUUACACUUUAAAUUUCAACGACUUUUGAAAUACAAAAGCAGAAACUGUUACUGGUGUCAGUGUUUUGUUGUUCUCAACCCUGGUUACAUAUUGUUCAGAAAAGAUAAAUUCUCCACGUACUGGUCCAAAACCAGAGGUAUUACCUUCCACAGGGUACACAUUCCUAGCUAACUGACUGCCCAAAAAUUCCUCUUUCUUGGCAGUGGUCUGUUUUAUUAGGUCUGUCUAUCAUUAUUUUCUCAUCUUUUCCAGGUUCGCAGAUACUGGUGGCCACAGACAAACAGCAUUGCAGGAACUUUAGCCUUUGAUUUGCACAAGCUGAGGCUCCUUUGGCUUUAAAUAUAGACAUAGCAGGCAUACCUUUAUCAUUUCAGACCAUGUUCUUAUCGGUGUCAUAUUAAACUUGGCCAGGGGACUGCUGUAAAGCCAGUUUGUCAUUUUUCAUCAGUUUUUUUUUCUUUUUAAUCAAAUGCUUUUUCUAACUGAGCUUAUAAUAGUUUGCAAUACACCACCUUAUUUUCUUGUUAUAUUGUAUAACCAGAACAAACACUACAUUAGAAUUUGCUUAAAAAAACAGCACUUGUCACUUGUAUGACAUCAGUUCAUGCACACACUUUAACAUGUGUCAGAAAUUCACAGGCCCUGUUUAUUUCUGCGUCGCUGCUUCACAAGGUAUUUCCCAUAAUAAACUGCACAAGAUGUUAA